AUUCACAAACAAAAUAAAAACCCAACUCUUUCUCUAUCCAUCAAUAAAAUCUUGAACUUGAUCAUUUUCUUCUUCAUUAAGAAUCCCUCAAACUUUCUCCAAAAACAACAUAAAAAUGCCAAGCAAGUGCGCCAUCUUCUGCGAAAUCCUUAUAGCAAUUUUGCUUCCUCCUCUAGGCGUUUGCCUUAGGCAUGGCUGUUGCACUGUAGAGUUCUGGAUUUGUGUGCUAUUAACUAUUCUGGGUUAUAUACCAGGAAUAAUCUAUGCUUUGUACGCCAUCGUUUUCGUCAAUCGUGAGGAGUUCUUUGAUGAGUAUAGGCGUCCUCUUUAUGCUGCUUACGACUAGUGUGAGCUAGUAAUUAUAUCUUGUUGUUAAUUACUAAGCUUGUAUCUUACUUUUGUAUUAAAUUAUCAGAUCUUGUUUUUCAACCCACUCUUAAUAACAUUGAAAUUUGCCGCUUAA